AAUAUCAAAUUCGAGAACAUUGGGUUAGAGCAAUGGAAGUUCGAUUAGUCAAACAACAAUUGAGCAAAUGCCAAAAAACUGAGGGUGUAAAUGCUUUGGUAAAUUGCCGACGACUGGCUAAAUUGUAUCUAGAAUUAUUACGAGAGUAUAAGGACAAUUACGGCAACGGCAACGGUUUAUUAGGCUAA